AUGGGAGCUGGAGCUGUAGUUGCCGAUAAUAAUAAAGCUUACCCUGGUAAGCUCACCUGGUCAGUUUUCAAAGCAUGUAUUGUUGCAUCUAUGGGUGGUCUCAUCUUUGGAUACGACAUUGGAAUUUCUGGUGGGGUGACUUCCAUGGAUUCAUUCUUAGUUAGAUUCUUCCCUUCUGUAUAUCGGCAGAAAAACUUGGACAAGUCCACCAAUGAGUACUGUCAAUAUGACAGUCAAAUACUGACUUCAUUCACCUCUUCUUUAUAUCUCGCGGCUCUCUUGUCCUCCUUGGUGGCAUCCACUAUGACCCGCAAAUUUGGUCGCAGGAACUCCAUGCUCAUCGGCGGCAUUCUCUUUUUCGCCGGUGCUUUGUUAAAUGGCUUCGCUUAUGCCAUUUGGAUGCUGAUCCUUGGCCGCAUGUUGCUUGGCUUCGGUGUCGGAUUCUGCAAUCAGUCUGUGCCAUUGUAUCUCUCUGAGAUGGCCCCGUAUAAAUACAGAGGAAGUCUGAACGUCAUGUUUCAAAUGUCAAUUACUAUUGGUAUUUUGAUUGCAAACGUGUUGAACUAUUUCUUCGCCGAGUUGGGUGGUUUGGGGUGGCGUUUGAGUUUAGGUGGGGCUAUGGUGCCGGCGCUUAUCAUCACCGUCGGCAGCUUCUUCCUUCCCGACACUCCAAACUCCAUGAUCGACCGAGGAGAUAACGAAGGAGCGAGGGCCAGUCUCGAGAAGAUUCGAGGAAUCAAAGAGGUUGACGAGGAGUUCAGAGAUCUGGUCGCGGCUAGUGUUGCGUCCAAGCAAGUAGAACAUCCAUGGAAGAAUCUGUUGCAGAGAAAGUACAGACCCCAGCUCACUAUGUCCAUCAUGAUCCCUUUCUUCCAGCAACUUACAGGCAUCAACGUCAUCAUGUUCUACGCUCCAGUUCUCUUUAACUCCAUCGGCUUUAAGAGCAACGCUUCUCUCAUGUCCGCCGUCAUCACCGGCUUAGUCAACGUCGUCGCCACCAUGGUCUCCAUUUAUGGCGUUGACAGGUGGGGAAGACGAGCCCUCUUCCUCGAGGGAGGAAUCCAAAUGCUCAUAUGCCAGAUUAUAGUCGCAAUCUUCAUCGGAGUAAAGUUCGGGACCAAUGGGAAUCCGGGAAUGUUGCCGAUAUGGUAUGCGAUAGUGGUGGUGGUGUUCAUAUGCAUAUACGUGUCUGGGUUUGCGUGGUCGUGGGGUCCGUUGGGAUGGUUGGUGCCAAGUGAGAUUUUUCCGUUGGAGAUUCGAUCGGCGGCCCAGAGCGUGACGGUGGCUGUCAACAUGUUGUUCACUUUCGUGGUGGCUCAGAUAUUCGUGACCAUGCUCUGCCAUUUGAAGUUCGGGCUGUUCAUCUUCUUCGCCGUCUUUGUGGUGGCCAUGACUGUGUUCGUCAACUUCUUGCUCCCUGAGACUAAGGGCAUUCCCAUUGAGGAGAUGGCUAGAGUUUGGAGGACACACUGGUUCUGGUCCAGAUUCGUUGACCAUGAGCAUGACGUUAAGCCGUCUUAUGUAGUAGAUACCAUAAUUUAG